GGGGAAGCAAAGCAAAACCGCAUGGCUAAAAAUGGCGGCACCGAUACAACCUUAGCUUUAUCGACAGCGGUUGCAAAUUAGAGAUAAGAGUAUCAAGUUCUUACAAUAGAUUUUUUGUUUUUAAGUUCGAGAUACAUUGUGCUGUGGCGUGAGUUCUAAGGUUGUUUGUUUCUGUUUUCUUUCGAUGGGAAAGUUGGAUCGUUGUUGUUGAUGGUAUUAUGGGAACAAGAAGUGGGGUUUCUUUUGUGGGUUCAAAGAAAGAAGAUAAAGCCAAAGACCUCGAAGUGUUAAGAAUGCAAGCUAAGGAAUCUUAUAGAGUUAUGUCUGAAGACCACCAUCAUCAUGAAGGGUCGACUCAGUUAUUACCAUCAUCAUCAUCUUCUUCUUCUUCUUGUAGUGGUAGUUUUGAUGGCGGUGGAAGCGGUGCUGGUGCUGGUGGGCCUUUGUUUUAUAGUAGAAGCAACCGUGUUGCGUGUUUUGGCGAUAUAUACGAUGUGGUUGGCGCUAGUGAUGCAGAUGCAGUAUUGGCAGGAUCAAAGUUCUCUUCGUUUACCUUCAAUCUCUCAGGAGAAAUGACACCAUCAUCUAUGAAUAUGGGAGUCCCUUUCACAGCUGCUCAGUUGCAAGAACUGGAAAGACAGACCAUAAUUUACAAGCAUAUGAUGGCUUCUAUUCCUGUCCCUCCUGAACUACUUAUACCCAUCACUAAAACUCAAUCAAACGCCUCUCCGACACAAUUCCAUGUUGUAAAAGGUUCAUUAGAAAUGGGGAUUUCAAGCUGUACAAACUCGGAUCCGGAGCCAUGGAGAUGCAAAAGAACAGAUGGAAAGAAAUGGAGAUGCUCAAGAGAUGUGGCACCUGACCAGAAGUAUUGUGAGAGACAUUCUCACAAGAGCCGCCCUCGUUCAAGAAAGCCUGUGGAAUUACAUACUGACUCCAUGGCCAGCAAUAGUAAUAAUUAUAUCACUAAUACUCAGUUGCUUAAUCAAAAACCACACUUUCCAAGCCAAACAAAUUCCCAUUUAUCAAACUUCCCUAGUGCAAUGGUCUCUGCUUCUGCUACUGCUGCCAAUUCAUUUAAUCAGCCCAGGGGCUUGGAAUGGUUCUUGAAGGGCGAGACAGCUCCUGUUCCUAGUAAUUCCGAUCAAGAAUGGCAUUAUCUGAAGCAAGACAGAAUCAAGGGUAGUGAUGAAAAACUGUAUCAUUAUAGAGAAGGACAAUAUGACUCAAAUUCAUAUAUGAAUUUAAGAGAUAACAGUCACUCAUUGCAAGCUCAUCGCUUGAAUGAAAAUUGCAGCUUGUUAUUAAGCCCCAAAUCGACAAUUCUAAACCCCAGUAGCCAGACCCAAGCACAAGAGACGAGGCAUUUCUUAGAUGCCUGGUCAACAGCAAUGAGAGAGAGCAAUGCUGGUGGACUUGACCAUGAUCAGUGUUCUGAUUCUUCGAGUGAGAAAAUACUGCCACUUUCAACUCUAACAUUGUCAAUGUGUGGUGUAAGUCAAACUAAUGAGGAAAAUGAUAAUGGACAAGCAAGUAGUACUUUUGGGAUCAUGGGUUCGGAUAAAGAUGCUGCCAGUGUUCUCAGACCACAUUGGAUGAUGAACCAUGGUUCAUGGAUGAGUUCACCACCUGGUGGACCGUUAGCUGAAGCGCUGUGCCUUGGCAUUUCAAAUAGUACAAGAGCUGAUUCUAAUUUGGCAUCAUCUAAUGGGAGCAGCUAUGACAUUAACAAUAAUAGCUAAUUUAAGUUUCAAUUGUCUACCCCUUUUUGUGUCUCUGAUUGCUAAGUGAAAACUAAUGACUAUGAAAUGAACCUGCAACUGUACUUAAUUGGGCAAUCUAGAUUCUAGUCCCUCUCCCUUUCUGUAUCCAUUUUGUAAUACAUCCCUAUGGUUGAGCCAAGAAGAGGAGCUCCAUAGUGCAAGGAAUAUGAGCUUCAGUGCAUUGCUUGGCCGAGCCCAUGGUUUUUAA